AUGGUGUCGCUUCCAGUUCCGUUAGUCACUGAUAUUCUGUUAGAAGAGGACGAGCAUGACGAGCGUAAGUCUGUGAGGGGACCGAAAUUUGGGGGGACUAUUCUUGAAAAUCAUUGAUUUUCAGUCAAAGGCUCAGCAGGAACACUUUCGGACGAGGAGUUGCUGGCCAGGACGAUCGAAAAGGCGCUCAAGUCGAAAAAGUUGGCACAAUCGCCAAAUAUGACGUCAUCGAUCAAAGUGGCGCUGACCGCCGAGGACCUGCUCGACCAGAUCGGAAUGUGCGUUUGGAUCUAUUUGCGUGGUCGGAAAUAUCCGGAAAAAAAACAGAAUUCGGCUUGUAGCACAAGUGAAACAGUAAACACGUAAACUACUGUUUCACUAUGUUCUGAACGGUAAUCAUUCUACGUAUUCGUACAAGAGCUGUGCCUGCGUAUAAGGUCACAGAUGGAUUGUAGAUGUGGUACAAACUCAAGUUUUGACAUGUCGGGAAGUCUAGAAUUGAAUAAACCUCAUAAGAUUCAGAUUAGAAUUAGGAUCGUCAGAAUGAGAUAUUGCGUUUUGCAGCUGGAACCCGUACCCGCUCUUCAUCACAUUCUCGAUGGCAUUCCUCUGGUUAUUGUCCGUCAUGCCGACAAUGUCACCCAGUUACAUGGCGCCCUCUUCUCCGUGCACACUCGACAACUGCUCGUUUGUGACUGUUCAGAAGGAGGUGAGUGAACAUGACGAAGUAAUGGUGCAAACACACACACAUUUGUGACGUUCUUUUGCUAAAACGACAAUAAUGAAAAACUUUGGCUGAACAAUUUUCAGUUCAACAUAACCAAAACUUUUAUUGAUCCCGGAGAGAUGACGGCUUCGGUCUUUUUCCUGGGAAAUGGAGUGCUUGGUCAGAUUUACGCGGUUGCAGCUGACAGGUACCCAACUUUUGUGCCAAUCGGAUCCAUCCACUGUUUCUAGAAUCGGUCGUCGUCCCGUGCUCAUCGCAAGUCUCUUCAUCUCUGGUCUCUCUGGAAUCGCAGCCGCCUACGCACCAAACUUUGAAACUAUGCUUGUCGGACGCUUCUUUCAAGGCAGUUGCUUUACAGUAAUCCCCUGAUCGUACAGUACUACUCCUAUAUCUACCGGUAUCCCCCUUCAGGCGCUCACAAUGAUCAACUGGGUAAUGUGCUGCGAGAGCAUCAGUUUCUCCGGCCACGGCUACGCUUCCGUGCUGUUCGGUCUGUGCUGGGUCAUCGGAUAUUGUUCGGUUUCGCCGCUGGCCAUGUACUUUUCCACGUGGCGAUACGUUCAAUUGGCCACCUCUGUGCCAUGCGUGCUCUUCGGCGUGCUCAUGUUGUUGUGAGUUGCGCAUCUCGGCUACCGCUAAACACAUCAAAAAGUUGUCCAACUUUAUUAGUUGCCACGAUUUUCCCAUCUUAACCCGCAACUGAGAUAUAUAUCAAAAUUCCAGCACCCUCCCCGAAAGCUUCUCAUUCCUGGUGGCCAAGCGGAAGCGCGACGAUCUCGUGAAAUGGAUCGAAAUAGCGUCGAGAGUCGGAAACGAGGAGAUUGACUACGAUGCCGAUCAGAUUGUGGACAUGUCGAGCAGAGAAGAGGACAAUAAAACACUUGUGCAGACGCUCAAACUCGUGCUUCAGUCCAAACUGAUGCUCACCUACACCGUCGUCGAGUCGUUUUUGUGGUAAGAUCCGUGACGAACCCCGGUGGGACCGUAACCGUACCUUCCAGGAUCGUCGACCUCAUGAUCUACAGUGCCCUUUCGCUCUCCUCGACCGGCAUCGGAUCCAACAACAUGCACCUCUCGUACAUCUUCUCCGGCCUCGUCGAGAUCCCCUCCUACUUCCUGAUCCCUGCCGCCAUCGACUGGCUCGGAAGGAAGCCGUCCGUGAUGGUCUGCCACUUGAUCCUCGCCUUCUCGCUCCUCUCCAUGUACCUGUUCGAUCAUGAGGCCGAUCCGGAGAUCUUUCUCAUCAUCUGGCUCAUUGCCAAGUUUGCCGUCGCGUGUGCCUUCAUGCUCUGUUUCGUGUACGGAGCAGAGUUGUUCCCCACUAAUUGCAGGUAAGCAAACUUAUAAAAUGUGAAAAAUUUUGCGGGUUGAAACGUUUUCGAUAUCUCUACACACACACACACAGCUGAGAUGAAUAGUUUUGAAUGGCACGGUUUCACUAAUCUGUGAAAUAUCAUAGUUUUCACAAUAACUAUUGUCAUAUCCAAAAUUUACUGUAAAAAUGCUAAUAGCAGCUAUAAUGACUAUAAUAGUCGUUUGUCAACUUCUUGAAACCGUUUUUUGUUGUUGCUGUUUCACGACUUUGAUAUCAAAUGGUUCUGAACCAAACUUGCAUUCAAAAUGGCUCUACGUGUAGUUUUUUCAGAAGCAUCUGCCUGGGCGCGUGUGCGACCAUCUCCAACGUCGGAGCAGUCAUGGCUCCACACGUUCCUGCCAUGGUACACGCCCUUCCAAUCCUUCUGCCAUUCCCAUUCCCCAUCCGUUUCAGGACAUCUUCUUUCCGGGCCUACACUACCUUUUCUACGCUCUCUGCGCGUUCAUCUGCACAAUUGUGACCACGAUUCUUCCGGAAACGAAGGAACAUCACUGCACGUCGAGAAGUCAGCAACAGUCCCUCGCUUGA